CGCGCGCGGCGACAGUUGACUGCGGCGGUUGGCAGUUGGUCUGCUUGGUCGGUGUUGCUCCGUGUCUCUCUCUCUGCCCUUCUACCUCGUACACGAUGUCGGGUCGCGGCAAGACCGGCGGCAAGGCCCGCGCCAAGGCCAAGUCGCGCUCAUCGCGCGCCGGCCUGCAGUUCCCGGUGGGCCGCGUGCACCGGCUGCUGCGGAAAGGCCACUACGCCGAGCGCGUGGGCGCAGGCGCUCCCGUGUACCUGGCGGCCGUGCUCGAGUACCUGACGGCCGAGAUCCUGGAGCUGGCGGGCAACGCGGCCCGGGACAACAAGAAGACGCGCAUCAUCCCGCGCCACCUGCAGCUGGCCAUCCGCAACGACGAGGAGCUCAACAAGCUGCUGGGCGGCGUGACGAUCGCGCAGGGCGGCGUCCUGCCCAACAUCCAGGCCGUGCUGCUGCCCAAGAAGACCAGCGCCACCGUGGGGCCCAAGGCGCCGGCGGGCGGCAAGAAGGCCACCCAGGCCUCGCAGGAGUACUAAGGGCCCGCGCCGCGGCCGCCCAGCCCUCCCCACACCUCCACAAAGGCCCUUUUCAGGGCCACCACUUCCCCCACUGAAAGAGCUGAGCCACUGCGGGCCGGGCCGCCUCGUCCCCGGGCUCCUUCCUCGGCCCUCGCGCGUCUCUGCCUCCCUUCCCCUGCACGGCCUCCGGCUCAGCCACGCAGGACGCGCCCGCCGCGGCACCUGCCCAUCCCGGAGCUUCGCCGACCUCCGUCCUCGAUGGGCCGCGCGGAGAGGCUGCGACACCUUCCAGGAGUCUGGUCUUUUUGCUGUGACGCACGGCAGAGGUGGGCCUGAAGGUGAGUCCCUCCGCUGCUGCAACCUGGGCGUCUCUUCUUCAGCUUGGUGCUUAGCCCUCGCCUGGACCUUCCCGAAGUGACUUGACUACCAGGCUUUGGUGAAGAGAAGCGGAUCAUAUUGUUUGGUCCCGUUUGUCCCCCACCCCCCCUUGCUGGCCUCUCAAACCAGUUUCCCCCAUCUUCAUCCAUAGGCCGGUGUGUGGUGUGGCCGGGACAAAAUCACUGUAUUAUGAACCGAUUUUCCCCAGGAUGCCUCCUGGAAAGGGUUUGGAAGAAGCUUACAGGCCUGUGGACAGAAGAAGAGCUGUGUUCCUGCCGCAGGAGACUGGCAGCCGGGCCUAGCCAUCCCCCUUUCUCCCCAGCGACUCAACCCAAACACCUAGAUACCAGCACAAGUCGGUGAAUCCCUCUCUGGACUGAGCCUCUGUUGGCUUCUGAACUGGAAUUUUUGCAGCUAUCCCAAGUUUAGAUCCUUAGGUAGUGGGGAGUUUCGAUGGGCUAAUUUUAUUAAAGGAUUGUUUGGUUUUU